AAAAGAGAGGUUGAAUUCUAUCCAAACUGCACUUUCACACUACUUCUCUAUCGUAAAACCCUCAUAUUCUCCAUCAAUGGCUGCCAUUUUAUCUUGCUCUUCCACCAUUUCGCCCCUGCCUCAAUCCACCUCCAAUCCCAAGCUCCCACCUCCAAGAACCCAUCUCUCUCCACUCCAAAACCCACAAAUUCUCCCAAAGUCGAAAUCUUUCCAUCCGGGCCGUCGUGAAAUCUCCGCGACGCGAGCAAAAUCCCACGAUUUCCUCGAAGAGAUCGAAAAGGAGGAAUCUUUACUGAACCCCGACGCGAAACCGGUGAAAUUCCUAUUCUGGGUGUUGCUGUGGGCGUCUGUCUCUGUAGGGCUAUACGCAUUUUCCGGCGAUGCUAGAGCAGCAGCAGCCGUCGCCGCCGAUUCCAUUAGAGCUUCGGGCUUCGGCGUUAGGGUUGCCAACGCAUUGCGGGCCUCGGGCUGGCCCGAUGAGGCUGUUGUCUUUGCCUUGGCCACGCUUCCGGUGAUCGAGCUGCGUGGGGCUAUUCCUGUUGGUUAUUGGCUGCACAUGAAGCCUGUGAUGUUGACUGUGUUGUCUGUUCUUGGGAACAUGGUUCCCGUGCCCUUCAUCGUGCUAUAUCUGAAAAGCUUCGCGACUUCUCUAGCCGGAAAGGAUGGAUCAACGGCUUCUCAAUUCCUCGACAUGCUAUUCACGAGGGCCAAGGAGAAGGCCGGGCCAGUGGAGGAAUUCCAGUGGCUCGGCCUGAUGCUGUUCGUUGCAGUCCCCUUUCCUGGGACGGGGGCUUGGACGGGGGCCAUCAUUGCCUCCGUACUGGACAUGCCCUUCUGGCCUGCUGUCACGGCAAACUUUGUCGGGGUCGUGCUAGCCGGGCUUCUGGUGAACUUGCUGGUGAACCUCGGACUCAGAUACGCCGUUGCAACUGGCGCCAUUCUGUUUGUCGUCUCCACAUUCAUGUGGAGCUUCCUUCGUGGACUGAAGAAGUCUUUCACUGCAUCAAACUGAUCUGAGGUUCCUGAAAGUUCCAGAAGUUUGAUGAAGAACAUUCCUAGCUUGGCAUCAAGAGCAGAUUCCUCAAAUUUUUUCAAAGGUAGAGAAGCUCAAAUGAAGCCCCCUGUUUAGGGUUAUGGAGAGAAAUCCAUGUGUAAUAGCCUGCAAAUCACAGCUAUUAUAUAGUGCUGAUGUGCUUGUAUUAAUAUGUCAGGAGAUAACAAAUUAAUGAUCUUGAAAUGGUAGACAUUCAAAGUGAGGGCUAUUGCAAAAGUGCAAAAUGUAUUUGCUUUGGAUUUUGAUUUAUUGCAAAUUACAUGAUUAAA